AUUAAAGAGUCUUCUGUAGAAUAUCUCCGUAUUACUGAUAGUACUAUUGAAUUUCUUGAUAGGCAAGAAGACCAGGUUCCUAUUAAUUUAGCACCAGAAAUUAAUGAUGAUUUGUUAGGAACUCGUAUGCCUCUCUUUAUUGAAGAUCUUCACCGAAUCGGUGACCCUGCGAAAGAACUCUGUAAGGUUGAAG